AUGGGGCGGCAGGAACCUCUCCUAUCUUACAACACCACUCGGUCAUCGAGAACCAGGGGCGCAAACAGAUCAGUCAAGGGAGGAUUAUUAUCCCAGCUUCAUACAGGCUCACAUCAUGAAGCUCCCUCUACACCCAAAUUGACACCCCGAAAGGCUAUUAUAGCUAUCUUCUUGGCACUUUUAGGACUCAGCCUGUUGCAUCGACCAGUCAGCAAUCGUUACAAUGGUGUUCCUCGCUAUGGAAACGGAUUGCGAACGCCCGAGGAGCGAGCACGACAUAUACUCAGCCAUACCCCAUUGAUAGAUGGGCAUGUUGACUUUCCAAUCGUGCUGCGUUUCGCAUAUGGCAACCAAAUUUAUGAUGACAACUUCACCCAACCAUUCGAGCAGGGUGAGCUUCCUGGACAUGUUGACUUGCACCGUCUUCGCCAGGGCCAGAGUGGCGGUGCAUUUUGGAGUCUGUUUGCUCCAUGUCCAUCAAAUGGCUCCGACUUCUCUGACAAGAACUAUGCUUCGAGCGUACAGUUCACAUUGGACCAGAUUGAUGUCAUGAGCAGGCUGCAGGCGGCCUAUCCUAGCCACUUCUCUGAUAAGGUCGACAGCUCCAAUGCCUUUGAGGCCUUUAAGCAGGGCAAGCUCAUCUCACCCUUUGGUAUCGAGGGUCUACAUCAAAUUGGCAACAAGGUGUCUAACCUCCGUCGUUUCCAUGAGCUUGGUGUGCGCUAUGCUACCUUGACUCAUAACUGUCACAACAAGUUUGCCGAUGCUGCGAUUUUGUCAGACCCUGACCGGAAGGCUGAGCCAUUGUGGGGAGGCGUGAGCCCCCUGGGUCGCAAGCUUAUCGCCGAGAUGAACCGCAUCGGCAUGAUUGUUGAUCUUUCUCAUGUUAGUGAGGAUACUAUGUUGGAUGUACUAGGCGGCAAGGAUGAAUGGACUGGCUCUGAAGCCCCUAUCAUCUUCUCUCACAGCUCCGCCUGGAGCGUCUGCCCUCAUCCUCGAAACGUCAAGGACAAUGUUCUACAGCUCGUCAAGAAGCGGAAUUCCCUAGUCAUGGUCAACAUCGCCCCUGAUUUCAUCUCUUGUGUUGACACCGGAAAGGAGAAUGGUCUUCCUGAGUUUUACCCCCAGAACUCGACACUUGCACACGCAGCUCAACACAUCAUCUAUAUCGGUAACCUGAUCGGUUACGAUCAUGUUGGUAUCGGUACCGACUUUGACGGUAUUCCAUCUGUUCCUGAAGGCCUUGAAGAUGUCACCAAAUAUCCUGAUCUGAUCGCCGAACUCCUUCGACAGGGUGUCAGCAAUGUUGAUGCAGCCAAGGUUGUUGGAGGUAAUCUGCUGCGCGUUUGGAAAGAUGUCGACACUGUUGCUGCUAAGUUGCAGGCCAAAGGACAGCUGCCGCUGGAGGAUGAUUUGCCAAAGAUGAAGUUUGACGAAGCUCAGGAGGUCUCGUUUGAGCAUGCGUAA